AUGGAGCCUCAGAAGCAGGCGAAUCGGCAACAAAACCAACAACUUGGCCCACUCUUGGAAACACGGCUGCGACAGUCGGGCUCUCCAGUGACAGAGACAGAGGAUGCCACAGUAGGUGACAAUACUAUUCUUACUCUCUACAUUCGUGCUGAUAUGGAUCAGGUGUGGUACUGGAAAUCCUGGCUUCGGAAGAUAACAGCACCACCAGUCACUGAAGUCGCCAAAGUCGCCCAAGAGACGGCUUCCGCAACGGCCACAACAGUACCCAAACGAUUUCAAACUCACAUUUCCUCUUCACGAUUGGCCAGAGCCUACUCCAUAGGCCUUAUGAAGAAAGGACAAGCAUCAGCAAGAUCUCUCCCCGCCGAGGUAACCACUACACGAAUACACAUCUCCUCCACAGGGUCGGCUCCUGAUUCAGAUCGGGUCGAAGAACAUCCUCUGAUUGUGACAUCUGGAAACAGGAAAGAUGGCAAUAAAAAUGAAGCUUUCGUUACGUCGAUAGAUGUGAAAAAAGUAAAGGAAGUUGAAAGCGAAAAUAAUCCACAAUCCAUUGACACCACAAAUGAAGAGCCCCUGACAUCGGGUUCCAUCGUAGAAAAACAGUUCCAAGAGUCUAACUUGGAUCGGUCCUCGGGCUGGUUCACCUGGCUUUUACGCAAUCCGGACCCUGCGGAUAUUGACACUAAUUCUGGAACUGCGGAACAGGCAACAUUAGAUGUCGAUCACCGUCCUAAACCAGCACCCACAGAAGGUAAUACUAUUGACCAGCUGGACUCUUCCCAGGGCGCCAUUAAGGCAGAUACCGGCAUCAUAAACUCUCCAGAAGGAAAUAUACGGCCAAAAAAAUCCUGGUUGUACAUUUGGGCCGGAAACCCCACAACUACAGAACCAGAAGACUCCAAGGCGACAGAACAAACUGAGGCAUGUGAGCCGGAUGAAAAUAAUCCAAUAUUGCCCCGUAGCCAAUCGUCACCAAACCAGGACGAAAAUAUACCGCCGCGGGCAAAUGUAUCGUGUGAUAGUGCCAGCCUCGAGAACGACGCCCCAAAAUCUAUGAGUUGGCUCUUUUGGUCACGAGAAAACAAAGACCAAGAAGUUGUGCAAAUUAAUUCUCGGAAUUCAUCCGGUACCGCGUUAGAAACAACCCCUAGUACACCUCCGCACACACUGUCGCCCAAAAAUGCCGGCUCUGAAGCUGCACCACCCUUGCCAAAACCCAAGGCUAAAAAGACUGCCAAAACCGAUUCAGCGCAGACUGUUGCUGAAGACCUUGUUUCUCCGGAGCUUUCUUCUGAAAACCCUGAACUAAAAGGGGCUGCCCUGGCCGUAAAACAGUCACAGUUGUUGCCACCGAAUGAAGUUCUACCUGCUUUUGAGCAUACGUUUCCUUUGCAAGAACGCCCUGGAAUUUUUCAGCAACUGGGGCGACUGGUAUAUUAUGGUAAGACUCUGGAUACUAGCCAUGUUUUACGCACGCCAGAGCGUCCGAAGAUUAAGAAAGCGUUGUCAAUUGGCAUUCAUGGCUAUUUUCCUGCACCUUUGAUACGAAAUAUAAUUGGCCAGCCUACUGGAACGUCUGUAAAAUUUGCUACUAUGGCAGAAAAGGCUAUCUUACAAUGGGCAUCAAGCAAUAAUUUGCCGUGUCAGGUUGAAAAGAUAGCCCUAGAAGGAGAGGGCCGUAUUUCUGAGCGAGUCGACCUUUUGUGGAAGCUGCUUCUGAAUUGGAUCGAUCACAUACGGACCGCCGAUUUUAUUAUGAUAUCCUGCCAUAGUCAGGGGGUACCUGUAGCCACCAUGCUGGUUGCAAAAUUGGUUUCCUUUGGUUGUGUUAAUGCCACAAGAAUUGGUAUCUGUGCAAUGGCGGGGAUUAAUCUCGGUCCUUUUCCAGAGUAUAGAUCAAGAUGGAUUAGCGGCUCUGCUGGAGAGCUUUUUGACUUUACAAACCCGAACAGCAAGGUUUCGCAAGCAUAUUCAAUGGCUCUGGAGAAAGUCCUUGAUUAUGGUGUCAGAAUAACGUACAUUGGCAGUAUAGACGACCAGUUAGUAUCGCUAGAGUCUUCUACUUUUGCUACAGUUUCUCAUCCUCAUAUUUAUCGCGCCGUAUUUGUUGAUGGUAGAGUUCAUGCCCCAAGUUUUCUUUCUCACCUAGUUGGCUUCUCAAUGAAGCUUCGUAAUCUCGGAGUAUCCGACCACGGUCUGAUUCGCGAGCUUAGCUCCCCUCUAGCCGGUAGCUUAUAUACCGGAGAAGGCCACUCUCGACUCUACGACGAUGAGGCGGUCUACCGACUCUGCAUCCAGUUUACUCUUGAAACGACAUCUAUCCCUGACUGCAUGCUCAAAAUACAUACACCUCGCACUUCAUCCUCCGCAAACCCCUAUAUUCUUCCUUUCGCAAUGCGCGGUGUUCUCGAAGAAGAAUAUGUUCGGAGGAAAUUAUCUGUAGAAACCGCCCAACUUUUGAAACAGUUUGAUGACUGGAAGCCAUCUACCAAAGUGCUCAAAGAUGUGAAGUUUCGAUUGGAAGGUAUCCGGUCCAAACUCUGA